GCGCUGUGGUUCCACGCAGAGAAUGGAAGCCUGUCUGUUAGCUUCACCUUGACUAGCGGUGGUCAAAGCUUUGCGUUUUCUUCAUGUUCUGAUGAAUUAUUGAAACCGAUCGCUUUAAAUUUAAAGCCGAAUGAGGACCGGAUGGUUUUUCGGUAGAUUCUGCUCGUUUUUCUCGCACUUCUUUGAGAAGCUGCCGAGCUUUGUCGCGAUGAGGAGACUUUUAACCAGAAUUAUCAACAGAGUUCUGCUGGACGCGUCGUUUACCCCGGCGAUGACUGGAGGUGAGGCGGAGAUUCACACAGAGGGACGCAGAAAGCUGGUGGUGGGACUGGGGAACCCGGGGAUGGAGGGUACCAGACACAGUGUGGGGAUGGCGGUCCUCGGAGCGCUCGCCGCCCGGCUCGGUGUGGCCGACCGUUGGCACGGCGACCGCCACGUAUCCGGUGAGGUCAUCCUGUCGGAGGUCCAGCAAACCCGCUUGGUUCUGCUCCGUCCGAGGCUGCUGAUGAACGUCAACGGGGUGUCGGUGGCCAAAGCAGCUGGAAAAUAUGGCAUCAGACCUGAGGACAUCCUGCUGGUCCACGAUGAACUGGACAAACCUUUGGGGAAAAUCGCCAUCAAGCAUGGAGGAAGUGCCAGAGGCCACAACGGAGUGCGCUCUUGUGUCGACUGUCUUCAGACCGAUGUGAUGCUCAGACUCCGGGUCGGGAUCGGCCGGCCGUCGGGGAAGACCUCUGUGGAGCGUCACGUCUUGAGUCGCUUUUCUUCCGAGGAGCAGAAGGUUCUGGAGUCUGUCCUGGUCCAGAGUGUGGACCUGCUCAUCUCCCAGCUCUCACAGCAGGACUCCCCGUCCGCCCCCUCCUCACCAGCAGGGGGCAGAGCAGCAGCAGCAGCAGCACCGCAGAGGAAGCAGAAGGAGGAGAAAGGAGGCCUCCUGUAAGCAGACAGGAAGCGCUGCAGCGGGAGGAGACACGGUUCCAGUGGGAAGAACCAGGAAGUCCAUCAGAGGAGAAACAUCCUCGGCUCAGAUUGAGUCCUACAGUCUUUGUCCAUCUCAUGCUGUUUUUAUGUCAGACGUUUGUUACAGAGAAAUACAUUUUUUCAGCCAUGAUGACCACAAGGUUUCUCUGGUUUAAUAAAUGAUAAAAACAGUAUAAAAA